AUGUCACCAAGGAAGAGUUAUUGGACUGUUGUCAAAAUAAUUAUGAAAACAGAAGUUGACGCGCAGACUCGACUGGGAUUAGAGCCAGCUGAACUUUGGUUUGUCAAUGCUAAUAAAAAGACUAAGGUUGGAAAUGAUGUAGGUUAUAAGCUAAUACCAAGUAGACCAUCCAUGUCUUUACUAUCAGAUGAUGAUUACCCUCAAAUUAGAGCAGCAUAUACCAAGUAUAACCUGUGGGUAACUCCAUACAACAAAUCAGAAAGAUGGGCUGGAGGAUUCUACGCUGAUGGAAGCCAUGGUGAUGAUGGCCUCGUAAUCUGGAGUCGCAGGAAUAAGACAAUUGAAAGCAAGGAUAUUGUGCUUUGGUACACUCUUGGAUUUCAUCAUGUUCCUUGCCAGGAAGAUUUUCCUAUAAUGCCAAGCGUGUAUGAUGGUUUUGAGCUCCUGUUGGAGAUUCAAAGCCCCAGCUCAAUUUGGACAUUAAUGGAGAGCAGUAAGCUCGAUCCAACAUCAAUCAUCAAUCACCAAACUCUUUCCUUCAACUCCAAAUUACCUGGAAUGACCCUAGUCAACAUUGUGUUUGAUGGAAGAGGUCAUCCAGGAUGGAAGAGAUCCAUUCUUUUAUCCCUAUCAGCUAAGAAGAAACUUGGAUUCAUCAAUGGGGCUUGCAAGGCUCCAGAUCUGAACUCUACUGAUUAUGAGCAGUGGAGCUGUGUCAAUGACAUGGUUACAUCUUGGAUUCUAAAUGCAGUGUCAAAGGAGAUUGCUGACAGUGUGAUAUACUCAAAAAUAGCUAAGGAACUCUAG